GACAGAUUUCCAAAAAUCCCCAAAGGUGGUCCCUUGAGACUGAAGCUCUCCUAUCGCUAGCCCAGGGAGCUCCUUUUAACGACCAGCUUUCGACAAUCCAACCCACGCCCGGUCCCCUCCACCCUCUCCUCUUCCGCCAUUGCUCCUUCACUUUCACUGCUGUGACUGGCCCGACUCGAUCGAUUUUCGCGAAAACACUUGCGGGUUCAAUUACUACAGAUUUGCGAAACGAACCGAACGAACGAUGGCGCCGACAAGAUCGCUGCUGCAUUACGUGUGCGGCCUCGUCCUCCUCGCCUGCUGCGCUCAGGCGCUCAAGUUCGACCUGCAGGCCACAAGUCCCCACGAGGGCAGGAAGGAACGAUGCAUCCGUAACUUUGUCGGCCGGGACACCCUCGUUGUCGUUACGGCCAUUGUGGACGGUCACCAGGGUGAUGGUAUGACCGUCAACAUGCACAUCAAGGACGCUGUUGGCAACGACUACGGCAAGCCUAGAGACCUCGCUGGCGGCGAGAAGCGCAUUGUGUUCACGUCCCACGCUGAUGCGGCCUUCGACGUCUGCUUCGAGAACAUCCUGUCUGGCUCUGGACGCGGGGCUCCCCUGAGCCGCCACAUUGAGCUCGACAUCGACAUUGGUGCCGACGCCAAGGACUGGAACGCCAUCCAGGCGACGGAGAAGCUCAAGCCUGUGGAGGCGGAGCUGCGGCGUAUUGAUGAGCUUGUCAGUGAGAUUAACAGCGAAAUGGACUACCUGCGCGCGCGCGAGCACAAGCUGCGCGACACCAACGAGAGCACCAACACCCGUGUCAAGUGGUUCGGCAUCGGCACGACGUUGACACUCGUCGGCCUGUGGGUUUGGCAGAUCAUGUACCUACGGGCGUACUUCAGGUCCAAGCACCUUAUUUAGAGUUCUUCGUGGCAAGCAAGUCGGCCAACGGCUACCAAACCCGCGAAGGAUUUAUGGGAAAGACGAGGGACGUUGUGUUGUGUUGGGCACGGAUGGGCGGCGGCGAGUUUCUCUGCGAUGCCAACUCGGAAAAAGCAUACCAACACCUCGGGGGGGUUCCCGAGUGUGCAGCAGUGUAUACAUACAUACCACGAUUGCCAUUUGAAAAAGUCAUGAAUGAGAUAACGCACAUCACAUCACAAACCUCCUUGAACUGCAGAGAGGGUAUCAGUCCACUUUGGUGCGGCGCAGAGCCUGAACUGAGGGGGAUACUGCGCUGUUUUGGUCCGUUUCCGUCCACAACGCCGGUCAUAUGCGUCAGAAAGUGUUGCUGCUUGUCUACGAUGGGCACGCCGGUUUGAAUCAGAGUAUGCUAUCAGGUC